AUGGCCACAAUUCCCGACAGUCGCGCUCAGACCGGCGCCCUAGAUAUUCGUGUCGAAGACUUCCUCGACGACAAGCUUCAGUCUACGACCGAUCUCGAAAGCCUCGACUCACUGAUCGCGAACGUUGAGGUUCAGCGCAGCCAGCUCCAGACCCAGCUCGACAAUGCCAUAAAACAGCUCGACGAAGCGCGUCGCACGGCCGGUGACCGCCAGUCCUCGCUUGCUCAACGCAUUCAAGACUUCCAGGAGCUCCAACACAGCAUCGACAUUCGUGUCAAGAUUGCAGCGGCGUCCGACGCCCCGAACCAGGCCAUCGCGAGACUGCAACAGCCUAUGAAGAAGCUGCAAACAAUCGAACUUGCCCAGAAAUACCUUAGCUUGUUGCAAGAUGUCGACAAACUGCGGACCGAAGCUCGAUCGCAUCUCCCCGAGAGCCCCAAGGCGGCCUUGGAGCCGUACUCAAAACUCAAGCAACUUUCAAGACGCCUGGAGGAGCUUUCAGGCCCGGCCGACGACGCUGCGGUCCAUCUCGUUAACCACGUGCGAAGCGUCGCCGAUGCGUUGUGGGAGGAGAUGAAGAAGACAAUGUCGAGCGAGCUGGAGGCUGUCCUCAGUAAGAGGUCGUGGCCCAUGGUCGAGCCAACUUCUGAGAUGGACGAGGAGUGGCUUGCUUGCUUCGAGAAGCUGCUUGACCUCCAGAUUCCAGAGGUCGUCUUGAGCAAGUCCACCGUCAGCCUACUGCCUUUCGACGUCAUGUCAAAGAUUUUCGUCUCCGAGUUCCGCUUCCACUUCCUUAGCGACAAGCCUACGAGCAAGCCCGAUGCUGUUGGAUCACACUGCUUUCCCUGGUUUUUGGCGACUAUCGAGAAGUGGGAAGACUUCUACAGGGACAACCUGGGUUUCAUCCUAGCUGCUAAAUUCCGUGACACGUCUGCAGCGAACAGUCUGGUCUACGUCGACCCAGUGUGCGCAUUCAUUACCAGCAUGCUGCCCGUUAUGAGGGAGAAGAUCCAGGGCGUAGUGGCCGAUACGGCGAAGAACCCUGCAUUUCUGAGCAGCUUCAUGGGACAGCUGAUGACGUUUGAUGAGGCUAUCCGGUCCAAGUUCAACUACGAUGGUGGCAACGCAGAUCAAGGCUGGCCCGGCCUUGCUACAGAAAUUCUCGAGGACUGGUUUGAACCUUGGUUCCAGGCCGAAAAGGAGUUUGCGCUGGAGCGUUUCCGAGCCAUCAUGGCUACGCCAGAUGCGAGAAACAUCGACUAUGACUAUGCUGCUACGGGCAAGACUAAGCCGACUUUCGGGGCUGUACGGGUCACCGAUCUUCUGAAGUCGAUCACGACCCAAUAUGAGAGAGUUCGCACCUUCAAGCACAAGAUUCGAUUCUUGAUCGGCAUCCAGCUCGACAUUCUGGACGAGUUCCACGAUCGUCUCCGUGGCUCUCUGGAGGCUUACCAAGCGCUUACAUCUACAGUUGGCAGGACACUCCACGGCGUCACCAAAGAACAGCUUGCUGCUCUCGAAGGCACCGGCAGUCUUGAGUCGCUGUGCAAGGUGUAUGGCAGUGCAGACUACGUCGUCAACACGCUCAAGGACUGGGGUAACGAGGAGUUCUUUGUGACGUUAUGGGAUCAGCUGCAAGGUCGCGCAACCAAGGAGGGCGAGACUUCGAGGAUGUCGGGUGAAAUGAGUUACGAGGAGGUUAAGGACCGCACUUCUGCAGCUGUGGGCUCGGAAGGCGACGAAGGAAUUCUAUUUGAUGAGACGAUUGCCGCGUACAGCCUUAGACGCAAGACGGCCCAGGAAUUCCUGGUAAAUGCCCUUGCUGAUUCUCACUACAAGGCCUUCCGGGCAUACUCGACAAGAACGCAAUGGACAACUAUCAGCGACAGCGGUUCAGAAGUCGACCCAUCACAACUAGCUGUCACGCCCGAGCUGGACGAGCCUCUAAGAGUGAGUCCUGUCAAAGCCCCUGUUGGAGAAGCCGUCCCUAACCCGUAUCAGAUCCUCAAGCGCAACUUCGACUUUCUGCUCAAGGCUAUUGGCACUGCAGCGUUCCGGCGCACGUGGCGCUCGGCUCUCGACAAGCUCCAAGACCUGCUCUGGAGCGAGGUUCUAAUGAGACAGAGCUUCACCGCAUUUGGUGCAGCGCAGUUCACGCGCGACCUCAACGCCAUCUUCUCCCUGGUCGAGAGGUACAUCCCGAACGGUAUAGGGUCGCUGGGUAGCCUGGUUGACGCCUUGAAACUGCUCAAUCUCCCCGCUGAACCCCAAGAGGGUACGCUGUCGCUUAAGGAUGCCACGGACCGGGUGUUCACGGACAACACCGAGGCCAAGAAGCUUCUGGAGGAGCUGGAUAUCGACACGCUCACUCCGGCAAACGCGAGACAUAUCUUACAGCGCAGGGUCGAGAACAAAGAAUAG